AGCCGGGCGCAAGCUCCGGAACGGACACGUUCAAGACGGCGAGGCGUCGACGUACCAAGAACACCGCUUCGGGGAUGCCCAGGUGCUUUUUCUUGGUUGCCUGUGCGGCGUUGCUGUCUAUGGUGGCCGCCAUCAUUGGGACUGAGUCAUUCCCACCGUAGGCGGGAUCCAGUUCCGCCCGUGUGCCCCAGAGAAAGGGCUUCCAGUCAAGUGCCAUGAGGGAGGUGUCCCUCGGGGUCCCGCAUGAUGUCCCGUGACCCUGCAGCGGAGCACCACCGACGCCGUUGAAUCUCCCACUCGUAACGCGCCGCGAGAACGAUGCUCCUUCAACCUCCCCGGCCCCGCCUCGGGGUCUUUGCCGGACUGCUGCUGGUCACCCUCUGGGCCCCCGCUGGGGUGCGAUGCCAGAACGACACGGAGCCGAUCGUGUUGGAGGGCAAGUGUCUGGUGGUGUGCGACUCCACCCCCUCCGCCGAGCCGUCGGGAAACCCGUUGGGGAUGUCGGUGAGGUCGGGAACGGGCAGGGUGGCGUUCUCGGCCAUCCGCAACACCAACCACGAGCCCUCGGAGAUGAGCAACCACACCAUGACCAUCUACUUCGACCAGAUCUUGGUGAAUGUUGGUAGCCAUUUUGAUCCCGCCAGGAGCUUCUUUGUGGCUCCGAGAAAGGGAGUCUACAGUUUCAACUUCCACGUGGUCAAAGUCUACAACAGGCAGACGAUUCAGGUGUGUUCUUCCUUCUUAAUUCCUUCUCCUCCACCCUCACUAACAUGUUUUUUUGUUUUGUUUUGUUCCCAACUACCCACCGUCUACAAGGUGAGUCUGGUUGUCAACGGCUGGCCGGUGAUCUCGGCCUUCGCGGGCGACCAGGACGUGACCAGAGAAGCUGCCACCAACGCCGGCCUGGUGAUGAUGGAAAGGGGGGACAAGGCGUACCUCAAACUGGAGCGCGGCAACCUGAUGGGAGGGUGGAAGUACUCCACCUUCUCUGGAUUUCUGGUCUUCCCCUUGUAAGGCUUCGGGCAGGUGAAGGUUUGUGGAGAGACCUCGGUUUUUCAUCAUCGCUAGGAAACAUUAUCAUGGGGGCGGUCUGCUGGGGGAUGCCAAAGACUUUGAACGAUCGUCAGCUACAUUUUUCUCGCACCAAGAUAAUCCCGAAUAUAUGUUCCAUUUCCUCUGCACUUUUAUGGCUAACCCGUGGUUGUAACCUAAAGCAUGAAUCUAGGUGUGUAUUUCUGUCCUUAGCUAGUUUCCUCGAGUUUGUCAUCCAGCUCGAGCGAACUUGUGAACAAUUUCCGUUGCGCUUGCUCGCUAGGGCAUUGUGAAUAGCUAGCUGGACUGUAUUCUUGAUGUCUUCCCAUCUUUAUCACUUCCAGUAAACUGUACCACACCUUGAAUGUACUUUUUUCAUGCAAAUUAUUGAAGAUUAAAAACCUCGGCCUGAUAAAGUUUACCUGGUCAACAGCGCAUGACUCCCUUCAAUAUGCUUGAGUUCAGAUGGUUGCAGAUUCCAUUUUAUGCAUCCCGCCGCUUAUGGUGGAUUCCCGUCCAAGCUUGUGAUCGUGUGAAGCCAAAGUUGACUUGGCCCGCAUCACGGUCCAAACGCGGAAGCGCGCCGGUUCUUACCGUCCGCGAGGUGACUCUUCACAGAGCAUCCGGUGGCAGAUGGAGGAUCAGCGGCAGAGCGAAGGGCGGGUCCGGCGCCAGAAGCCUGCUGGGUUCACUCUGGAGCGCCAUAAGCUGUUAAGUCUCAGCGGAGGCCCGUGUUAGCACGUCCACGCAAAGAAGACGACGGAAUAUAAAGUAACGCCUUCACAAAUGAGUAUAUUUUCUUGUUCUUCGCUUUUUUCCCCCCGAAAUGAAUGUAUUUUUUCCUGCGACUGAGAAUGAAGGGACUACGUCUCAAGAGGAAUAAAACAAAAAGUGUCCGUUUAAAGCACCGAAUGACGUUCACUUGUAUUAGGUCCGAUUUUUGGCGCUGACCUGACUCUCGGCAAAUGUGAUGCGCAACGGAGGACCAGAUUCGGAGACUUAACUCCCCAAAGCGCAGGACAGGGAUGUUUGUAUUUGUCACCUGCACUGAGGAGCGCAAUCUUCUUCUUCUUUUCCUUUCGGCUUGUCCCGUUUGGGGGUCGCCAGAGCGCGCCGUCUUUUUCCAUCUCAGCCUAUCUCGUGCAUCUUCUUCUCGAACGCCCACUGUCCUCACGUCUUCCUUCACAACAUCCAUCAACCUUUUCUCUGGUCUUCCUCUCGCGUCCGAGCAUGUCCAAACCGUCGAGGUCUGCACUCUCGGACCUCGUCUCCAAAACAUCCAACUUUGGCUGUCUCAUUUCUAAUCCGAUCCAACCCGCUCACUCCGAGCGAGAACCUCAACAUCUUCAUUUCUGCUACCUCCAGUUCUGCUUCCUGUUGUCUCUUCAGAGCCACCGUCUGUAAUCCAUUUUAUAGACUUUGCCCUUCAUCCUCGCGGAGACUUUUGUGUCGCAUUGUGUGCAAAAUGUAAUCAUUUGGAGCUGGCACUGGUACGGUUAGGGUUAAGAGGUGGGGGUGGGAAAUUCUCCGCUUGUGACGUCACAGGAAUUCCCCUCAAUGCCAGGUCGAAAAACUAUUGAAGCGUCUCGAGAAAUAUUUGUCGGCGUGUGUCUGAGACAUUGCGCGUAUUAGCAUAGAUAUUAAUGUCCUUUUUUGGCGGUGUUACAACGGUGUCAUACGCAGCUUUUUUAUUUUUAUUUUUUUUUCUCCACCCUCCUCGGGUUACUUUCGCUUUGGUCGCUCUUAGUGCUUCUUGUGGUUCCCGUCGGACCCUUUUAAGUCGACGCGCUUUGAUUGACUUUGUGCUUUGUUGUCUCUUUUUUUUAACCGACGUUCCUGUGGAGGCUUCCGUUUUUUAUUUUUGUUUGUUUUGUUGUUGUUGUUUUUGGAACCGCUCGGAAACCAGGAAGAAACAAACUGCAACUCUGGUAGGAAAACAAAACAGAUUUUACUGACAUCCCAAUCCUUUUUUUUUUUUGUUUGUUUGCUUGUUUUUUGGAUUUUUUUUUUUUUUUUUUUUUUGCAUGUUAAAAGUAACGAGUGGCGUUACCGGAAACUCGACUUUUGAAAAAGUGACAACUCCUUUUAAAUGUUGUAUCGGCAACUCGUAAAGGAAUACACACUCAUAGUACACCGAAGGCAAGAAUUUGCAAAAUAUUUCUAGCAGCAAUAUAUAUAUAU